AUGACUAAGGUAACCAGGAAACUACGGGAGCCAAGAAGAGAUGUGGUACAGUACACUCCAAGGACCAAAGGAAGGAAGAAGAAGACCUUCUAUCAACUAAGGUCCAGAGAUGGUGUCCAGAUACAAAAGACAACCAUGAAGGCCAAAAGAGCUCUUCAAGGGAAUUCGAGAAAAAAAUUUCAAACAUCUGCCACUCAGUCAAAAGAGGUGAAAAAAGCAAGAAAAUCAAAUUGUUUUGUCUGCUACUGCGUACUUAAUAAGAAAUUCAAUGAAAGGAAGAAAGGGAAUCAAAAUAAGAGGCAGAAUCAAAAUAAGCGGCAGAAUCAAGAGAGAUAA